AUGGCCCAGGUAGACGUAGAGCGUUCGGCUCUGCACUCGUUCGAGAGUGAACAGCAGCUCGAAGCCUUUAGGCAGCUCGAAGCCACCCUCGAUCAGCCAUUUCAUUUUGCCGACCAUCAGCCGAGUUCCCCCUCUCCUCAACCCACUCCCUUUGCUCAAUACACCCCCCUUGUCGGUCGCACAAUCGCUUCUCCAGCUGGGCCCCACUUUCGUCUUGCACUUCGGCGCGUCUUGGGAGUCGGCGCUUAUGGUGUGGUUUAUCUUGCCGAGCAGGUCGAGCGCGACGAGCACCAGUACGCAUGGGGGCCGCUUACCCGACGUGAGCGCGAACGAACCAUCUCUUCAGCAGGGCCUGUGUAUGCGGUCAAGGUUAUGCGUUGCGCUCCCAAGGGGUCAAGACAGCGCGCAUUUCAGGCACGCGAGGUGGCGUUGCAUCGGAAGGCGGACGGCCAUCCAGGGGUUGUCCCCCUGCAUGCGGUUUACGGAACCGGUCGCCCGCCCACAUACACUCAUCGCAAGCGCAAGACCUGGAACUCGCACUCCAAUUUCAUCCGACCUGAAGACGAACUCACUUGGGAACAGGAUGCUGAGCUAAGCGGCGGUCCUCUUCCCAUUCUCGAAGACGGCCGUGAAGAGGAGCUCGUGUUUAUGGUCUUGUCCUACAUCGGCGGAGGUGAUCUCUUCUCCAUGAUUGCCGAAAAACAACGAUACAUUGGCGAUGACGCUCUUGUCCGAUCCGUCUUUACUCAAUUGCUCGACGCCGUUCAGUGGUGCCACAUCCAGGGCGUACGGCACAGGGACUUGAAGCCUGAGAAUAUUCUGUGCGAGGAGGAUGGCAAGACAGUGUUUGUUAGCGACUUUGGACUUGCUACAUCAGACAGGCACAGUCGCGACUUUGGUUGUGGGAGUAGCUAUUAUAUGAGUCCUGAAUGCUACGGAGAUCCCGACUCACCAGUUACAUCACCUGCAUACAACACUCGCGCAAACGAUGUCUGGACACUCGGCGUAGUCCUCGUCAACCUGACCACUGGCCGAAAUCCUUGGGAAGCGGCCUCUCCUGUUGACCCGACAUUCAAGUCGUAUUGCGAUGACCCUGUCACCUUUCUCCCCUCGAUCUUGCCCGUCACCCCCGCUGCAAAUGAAGUGCUGACUCGCGUAUUCGAAAGGGACCAGAAGAAGAGGAUAACGAUCCCCGAGCUGCGGGAAAUGGUCGGCCGAGUCGAGCGCUGGACUUUGCGCGGCCAUGAAUUGGACGGGGCGUCCGAGGGUGCUAGGGACGUCGCGCGUGGAUGCGGACUUCUUGAUGUGCCGUCUGCUCCGAUCAGGGGUGGUAGCUCAGGGAUAGUUGAGCGCAGUCGGUUCAGCGAAGACACUCUGAUCUCAUCUGAUGAGGAUGACGAUAGCUCGGAUGGCGAGGUUGACUGGUACGCGCUCCGUCGCGCCAGUGUUGGCUCGGCCAGCAUGGAUAUGAACCGGUCUCGCCCUCUGAGCAAGAUCUUGUCCAACUCGCCGACACAGUUCACCCAACACCACGGUGGACGAGGCCGACACCAAGGCUCGGCCAGAGUCGACCCCGCGUUGGCCGAGAUUGUGAGUGGAUGGGGCGAUGACCAAACAACUCCCCGCGCACGAUUGGAUUCUACCCCGCGAGGGAUUAUCCCGCUUCGCGCACCUCGCUCGACGCCGUCUCUUCGUCAGACACCACUUCCUCUUCAAUUUGGAGAAUUCUUGGCCGGGUCGAUCUCGCCUAGUCAUUACAGGUCUCCUUCUCCCAACCGGUUGCGAUCCCCAUCACCUGGGCCGUUCAAUUCGACCUUUCCCUCCAAAAUUCCGGUUUACACCGGCCCGAGAGCGAGGACCGUCAGCUUUGACCCGCCCAAGACUGCAACUGAAAAUGGCGAUAGGCAGAGGAUGAAGAGUGCGCCUGCGAGCGAGGCUCCUGUUCCCCCCUGCACCAAAGCCAAAGAGUCGAGUGGUGGAUUUAUGGAUCGAUUGAGGAGUAGGACCUCGAUGCGAGAAUUGAAGAACAAAUGUUCCCUAGAGUUCAAGAAGCCCACGCCGAAAAUGCAAGAGAAGUCUGCUCCAGAAUCCAAGACCAAGCCCAAAGAACACGAAACCUGCAAACUUUUCUCCAAGUCGUCUCAUCGAGGCUUAUCCGCCAAGGCUACACUCUCGACUCGCGAGCUCAAUUCUAAGGCAUCGUUCUCCACGCUCUCGGUAACGUCGUCCGAGUCGAGUGGGUUCCCCGUCACGCCGCUCAAGGCCGAAGUCGUCCUCUCCUCGCCGCGAGUGAUCAUUUCCCAUCCGUCGGAUGGAAAAAUCUGGGACAUGUCACGCGCAUCAGGGAGCGAGGGCAGCGCAUGCGAUAGUUCGACGUGCUCGCAUGAUACUGUUCAUGUCCCAAUGGUCCUCGAUCCUGGCGCGCCGCUUUACGACCAUCAUCCGAUGUACCGAUUUGGCGAGCCAGGCAUGAUCUCGCCUUCUUCCCCCGCUGUUUCUCCCAGGUACGCGCGAAAGAGAACCGAGACGAGCCAAAAGGUGAAGCGCGUGCCCGUGCCUCCUAUCCCUUCUGAGCUUUUAGAGGAGCACGAGCGGCAGUUGACGGUCAAGCGCAGCGCGACCGGUCGCGACCGGUUGUUUGAUUCGGUGGCCGUUCCGGCUCCGGCUGCGGCUCAGGUUCCGACGGCCGACGUCAAGCACGGAUCCGAUGACGAACGAGCUGGACCGAGACGUCACGGCUUGUUGGACAAUGCACGGGCCUGGUUCCGUCGCAUCUAA